GUAUGAGGGUGGCUAGUGGGGUGGUCUUUUUUGCUCCCAACUCUUUUCAGGUUCAUUUGAAUGAUAAUUACAUUAGCUGUCAUUUGUCCAGCGUCAUGUGCCAUGCACCGGGCUGAGUGCUACGCAGGACUUUUGUCAAUUAUUCGUCAUUUCAACCUUGUAUGUAACGCUCAUUUUGGCACCUUAAAAUUAAUCCUGAUAACUCGUGAGAUGGUUAUUAUCAUUCCGUUUUUGACCUUGAGGAUGUUGAGUUCGGUCGACAGUAUAAAUACUCGCCUGAAUUCACACGGUGCGUUAGAGGUAAACCUGCGACUUGAAUCUAGUCUGUGUAGCAUCCUGUUUCUCCAAGAUUAAGGUGUUCGGGCAAUGCAUAUCGUCUAGGUCCCUUUGGAAGGACUGUAGUAAAAAACGUGCUUAACGUAGUUGGAAGUUGGCUGAUGGUAAACCUCCGAAACUUACAGUGAGUCUUACCUGUAACAAACCGAGAACGAUGGGAGCAGCAUGUUUCCUUUUUGGUCGUAAGAGGUGCAAACAGCUGCACAGCAAGUGGCAGAAGAUAAAUUUGUUUUUGACUUGCCUGAUUAUGAAAAUAUCAACCAUGUUGUGGUUUUUAUGCUGGGAACAAUCCCAUUUCCUGAGGGAAUGGGAGGAUCUGUCUACUUUUCCUAUCCUGAUUCAAGUGGAAUGCCAGUAUGGCAACUCCUAGGAUUUGUCACGAAUGGGAAGCCAAGUGCCAUCUUCAAAAUUUCAGGUCUUAAAUCUGGGGAAGGAAGCCAACACCCUUUUGGAGCCAUGAAUAUUGUCCGGACUCCAUCUGUCGCUCAGAUUGGAAUUUCAGUGGAAUUAUUGGACAGUCUAGCUCAGCAGACUCCUGUAGGAAACGCCGCUGUAUCGUCAGUUGAUUCAUUCACUCAGUUUACACAAAAGAUGUUGGACAACUUCUACAAUUUUGCUUCAUCAUUUGCUGUCUCUCAGGCCCAGAUGACACCUAGUCCAUCUGAAAUGUUCAUUCCAGCAAAUGUGGUUCUGAAAUGGUAUGAAAACUUUCAAAGACGACUAACACAGAACCCUCUUUUUUGGAAAACAUAAUUUGAAUAAAAUCAUUUUUAAUGGA